UACAGUGUCCUGUCCAUAAUGCCAUCAGACUCGGAAAGCAGCAGUUCUCUAAGCAGUACUGGUACGACGGGCAAAACCUCCUCGCCGCCCCCGGCGGUCGUAGACGUGAGGCAGAUGAACGAGAAGCUGGAGACGGUUCUGUUUCAGCUCCGCCAGGUGACCCGUGAGCGGGACGAACUGCGGAAGCGCCUGGCACUCUCCUCUCCCGGGUCAACCUUUGACGACUGCAGGCCGAGCCCCAAACCAAACCACGAUUAUGAAAGGUUGAAGGUACAGUGCAUGAAAGCGAUGUCGGACCUCCAGUCUCUGCAGAACCAGCACACCAAGACGCUGAAAAGAUGCGAGGAGGCGGCCAAGGAGGCUGAUUUUUAUCACACCUUACACAGCCGCCUGCUGAGUGACCAGUCCCAGCUGAAGGAAGACAUGGACACCUUGAAGCGGAAGAACAGCCAGUUGGUACGAGAACACAACCACCUCCAGCAGUCGUGCGAGGAGAUGAAGAGGCUUCACGACGAGGACCAGAAAGAGAUCACCGACCUGCACAAUCAGCAGCAGCAGGUUAUGAAGCAGAACGGGUCGUCGGAGAUACUCAACAAGCUCUAUGACACGGCGAUGGACAAGCUGGAAGGCGUGAAGAAGGACCACGAUGCGCUGAGGAAGCGGUACAACGAGAAGAUCGCCAGCCACAACACCGACCUGAGCCGGCUGGAGCAGGCGGAAGAGGAGAACCGGCGCCUGCAGAAGCAGACGGACACGCUGAUGAAGCAGCGGGACACGGCCAUCCAUUUCCAGCAGCAGUACUCCGCCUCCCUGAGAAGAUUUGAGUCGGUUCAGCAAGAGCUCAGCAAGGCCACGGCCCAAAACAAGGAGCUGCAGAGGGAGAUGGAGCGGCUGCAGUCGGAGGUGACGCGGUUUAAGACGAUGCAGCUGAAGGCCCUGAAGGACGCUGAGAAGCACAAGGAGGAGAGAGACUCCGUGUUCAGCGAGUACCGCCUCAUCAUGAGCGAGAGGGACCAAGUCAUCAAGGAGGUAGACAAGCUGCAGACGGAGCUGGAGCUGGCGGAGUCCAAGCUGAAGAACACGUCCUCGGAGAAGAGGGUGGCCAGCGAGGAGAUGGAAGCUCUGAGACAGGAGCUCAACUCGGCGCUAGUGGAGCGCGAUCGCGCCAUCUGCGAGAGGAACGAGCUCUUGGAAAAGUAUUGCCAUGAAGUGAAAGACAAGGCUGAGGCCCAGAAGGAGCUCGAUCAAGCGUGCAAGGAUAUUGAGACUGUGAAGGAGGAGAGAGACGUGGCCAGGAAGGAGAGGACGGAAGCCAUCAUCCAGAGGGAUCAUCUGCUGAGAGAGUACUAUCAAGCUCGCCAGAUACAAGAUUCUGCUACUCUGGAUAUUGAAAGAGCUAACAAGGAGAUUGACAUGCUUCGGAAGCAAUAUGAGGCCAUGUCUCAGGAGCUGAAAGAAGCUGUCCAGGAAGCAGAAGUCGCCAAGUGCCGGCGUGACUGGGCCUUCCAGGAACGUGACAAGAUCGUUGCGGAACGAGAGAGCAUACGGACUCUGUGCGACAACCUGCGGCGGGAGAGGGACCGAGCGGUCAGCGACCUGGCUGAGGCCCUUCGCAACCUGGAUGACAUGAGGAAGCAAAAGAACGACGCUGUGCGUGAAUUGAAAGACCUGAAAGAGAAGAUGGAGAAUCAGAUGGAAAAGGAAGCGAGGUUUCGGCAGUUGAUGGCUCAUAGCUCUCACGAUUCGGCCAUUGAUACCGAUUCGCUGGAAUGGGAAACGGAAGUGGUGGAGUUUGAGAAGGACAGGGAAGAUAUGGAUUUGAAAGCUCUUGGGUUCGACGUGGCUGAAGGUGUGAACGAGCCGUAUCUUCCCGGGGACUGCGGAAUAUUCGUCACCAAAGUGGACAAAGGAAGUGUUGCAGAUGGGCGCUUGCGAGUAAACGAUUGGCUGCUGAAGAUCAAUGACGUGGACCUCACCAACAAGGACAGGAAGCAAGUGAUUAAGGCCGUGCUCAACGGCGGAGGAGUUAUCAACAUGGUCAUUCGCAGGCGGAAGUCCUUAGGCGGGAAGGUGAUAACGCCUCUGCACAUCAGUCUUUCUGGCCAUAAAGAUAGUGGGAUUAGUCUAGAAAAUGGAGUGUUCGUUGCUGCGGUAGUUCCUGGUAGCCCUGCUGCCAAAGAGGGGUCCCUCUCGGUGGGAGACAGGAUAAUUGCCAUAAAUGGCAUUGCACUAGAUAAUAAAUCGCUGACUGAAUGUGAAGCCUUGCUGCGGAACUGCAGGGAGUCUCUUACACUUUCGUUGAUGAAGGUUUUUCCUCAGAGCUCAAGUUCGUCUUGGAGCGGUCAAAACAUAUUUGAAAACCUGAAGGAUUCGGAGAAAAUGUCCAACUGUAGGGUCCAUACGUCGGAGGUUCAGGCUCAGAACAAAAGAAAUUUGAAACACAACAGCUCUACCCAGACGGACAUUUUCAGCCCAGACAUAAUGGAUGUGAAGAAGGACCAGAGUGACCAAGAAGGUGGCUUGUAUUGUGAUCUCAAACCCUUCUCCGGCGGUGUUUUACAUGCCGACUCUCACCGUGGCUCGGUCCACGGGUGCCAUAGUAACUCAGAACACAGCCUGGGCUCCUUUAAUCCAGAUGUGUAUGGGGAGACGAGCUACGGGAUUGUCAACCUGGACAGCAGAAGGUUGCCUUUUGAGCCCGCGGUGACGGACUGCAUGAUGGGGGAGGGCACGUUAGACAAAGAGCACGCUGGGAAACACAGCGGCGGCACAUGGCCUAAAGUCAUGGUCAACAUUGCGACUGCAGAGACGGAAAAGUUUUCCGUGUACAAAAAGCCAAAACAGAGGAAGUCCAUCUUCGACCCUGACACUUUCAAACGACCUCUGACUCCUCCCAAAAUGGACUAUUUGUCUCCGAAACAGGUGUUAGGACACUCGCCCCAGCCCUCCAAAACAGAAGCCGUUUCCACCCCUCCCACGCCUCCUAAGAGAAGUGAUUCCAUUAAGUUCAAACACAAACAGCAGGCCAGCUCCACCUCGGACUCCACGGUGACGACGGGCUCCCCACCCCCCAGUCCAGCUACUGUCCAGCCCCCCAUGUCCAUCGACCUCAAACCGGACUGUGGCGUUCACAAGGGGCGAGGGAGGCCUUCCGGACACUAUUAUAGGGGCGAGGGGCUGGACUCCGUUCACCUGCCAUCAAGGAAAUCGUGCGAAGAUGAUAUCGGCUUUCAAAGGGUGGAAGAGCCUGAAAUUAAGAGACCCAGGCCCAAAUCUGCUCCUGCCUUGAGACAUAAACUAACACCUGUGCUCAUUCCUAACCCGUCUCAUCAGGUACAAAAGUAUACUCCGGCAAGCGAGGAACAUCUUUCUCCUGAGUUACAGGAGUGGUCGUUGUAUUCUCCGAAACGGUCUAGCAGGCACAGCGAUGGGUUCGUGCCUCCCUCCCUCUACUCCGGAAGCCUGUCAGCAGGUACGGUACCAAGAAACAUAGCCCCGUGUCCCGCAGUAACGGCUGUUAUGAGGAACCCUGUUUACACGGCUUGGAGCCAUAGAGUCAGCACCACCAACUGUCCCUCCGUUGCCAGCCAGUUCUGCCAUCAGCAUCUGCAUCCCAGCGCUCAGCACCAAGGGCGCUUGAGUUUGGACCUGAGCCACAAGCACCCCAGUGAGUGUCCUGAGAAUUCACACACGAGAUCAUCUCACGGCUCCAAUUCGCUUCCAUCCAGCGCGAGGCUCAUAGGUUCUUCCAGCAAUUUGCAGUAUAGAACAGAGCGAAUAAAAAUACCCUUGACGCCAAGAUACCCGAGGUCCAUCAUUGGCUCCGACAGGGGUUCGCUGUCGCAUUCCGAAUGCAGCAGCCCCAGUCUGAUCACUCCCCCGCAGUCACCGCUGAACGUGGAGACCUCGUCCUUCGCCAGCAGCCAGUCACAGAAUUCUCUUUCCACGCUGCCCAGGAUCUCAGUGAGUCCGGUAUCAAUAGGACAGCGGCGAAAAGACAAGCCGUACAUGGAAGAACCGCGGCAUGUGAAAGUGCAGAAGGGCUCUGAGCCUCUGGGGAUCUCCAUCGUGUGUGGCGAAAACGGUGGCAUAUUUGUGUCGAAAGUCACAGGAGGGAGCAUCGCCCAUCAGGCCAGCCUUGAAUAUGGCGAUCAGUUGUUGGAGUUUAACGGGAUAAACCUGCGGAACGCUACGGAGCAGCAGGCUCGCCUGAUCAUCGGGCAGCAGUGCGACACCAUUACGAUUCUGGCACAGUAUAAUCCACACAUGUUCCAGCUUGGCAAUCACUCGCGUUCAAGCUCCCGCCUAGAACCUGUGAGCAGCCAUUCCACUCCGCAAGGCAGUGGGGCAGCCACCCCUGACAGCCAUUCGGUGAUUGAUACCGUGAGUGAACAGGACGAAGGGACGAUGACGCCCCCCUCCAAACAGACCACACCCACGACCAGUCCCCGCAACUCCAUAAGGAACUCCAUGGACACAAGCAAGAAGACCCCUGAGCCUAGAACCAUUGUCAUCAAGAAGUCCCAGGCGGAACUUGGAAUCCAAAUCUGUGGUGGGAACCUGUAUGGAAUAUUUGUGUCGGAUCUAGAAGAGGACAGCCCUGCCAGGGGACCCGAUGGACUGGUGCUGGGAGACAUGAUCCUUGAGUACGGCUCUGUGGACAUGCAGAAUAAAACUGCAGAGGAAGCUUACCUGGAAAUGCUGAAGCCGGGAGAAAGCGUCAGAAUAAAAGCUCAGCACAGAAUACAGGAAUUCAACAGGAUCAAAGAGUUACCUGGAGAUGGGUUCUACGUCAGAGCACUUUAUGACCGGCUCGCAGAAGUGGAACAGGAUCUGAGCUUUAAGAAAGACGACAUCUUGUACGUCGAUGACACCCUGCCGCAGGGGAGCUUCGGCUGCUGGAUGGCCUGGCAGCUGGAUGAAAACGCCCAGAAGCUGGAAAGAGGGCAGAUCCCCAGCAAAUACAUGAUGGAGCAGGAGUUCUACCGGAGGCACAGCAUGUCUGAGGCGAAAGACGAAAACAGCUCCACAAAGACUUCGUCGGCUGCGGCUCGGAGGUCAUUCUUUAGGAGGAAACAUAAGCACAAACGCAGCGGGUCCAAAGAUGGGAAGGAUUUGCAGGCGCUCGAUACCAUCAGCACAGACUCCAUUCCUUUCUUGGACGAUGCGGUCAGUUUGGCUUAUCAGAGAGUCCAGAAGGUGGACUGCGCCUCUCCGCGGCCCGUGCUUAUCCUCGGGCCCUUAACCGACGCUGUGAAGGACAUGCUGGUGAAGGAAUCUCCAGGGAAAUUUUGCAGGUGUCCUCUUGAGGUGAUGAAGGCCUCCCAACAAGCCAUCGAGCGGGGAGUGAAAGACUGCCUGUUCAUAGACUACAAGCGCAGGAGCGGGCACUUCGACGUGACGACAGUUGCCUCGAUAAAGGAGAUAACAGAGAAGGACUGCCACUGCCUCUUGGAUAUCGCUCCUCACGCCAUUGAGCGGCUCCACAGCAUCCACAUCUACCCGAUCGUCGUCUUCAUUCGCUACAAAAACGCCAAGCAGAUCAAGGAGCAAAAAGACCCAAUCUUUCUGCGGGACAAAGUUACCCAGAAACAUUCCAAAGAACAGUUUGAGACUGCUCAGAAAAUAGAACAGGAGUACAGCAAGUACUUUACAGGUGUGGUCCAAGGUGGUCCUCUUUCUACCAUUUGCACUCAGAUCAUGACAACUGUGGAUCAAGAGCAAAACAAAGUCCUGUGGAUUCCUGCUGGCCCCUUAUAGACACCUGCUAUAAAAUGGCUGAAAUUCUGC